UUGUCCAAAAAUCUUCAUUGUCAAUGGAACACGUUAUCACAAUUUUGUAACAAUGUUUUUAUAUACAUCUUAAUCUUAAGUUUAUACAUAAUUAGUAGUGUCACCUUAGAUUUAAGUAAUUGAAUAAUAGUAGUAGAAAUGUGGACCUCACAAGCCAACAACACGGACAACCACGACCAAAGAAACGGUCCUGGUGGCCCCACUCUUGGCAUGACUUCAGCCAUUUCGUUGGCAUUCCCCAAACCCAGUGACAUCGCCAAGACUAAAGAAUUAGAGGAGGUUCUCAAGCCCUUUGACGUGUUUGAGACUGAUCAAGAACUGAACAAGCGUAUGGUGAUCUUAGGGAAAUUGUAUUGUCUAGUUAAGGAGUGGGUUAAGGAAUUGUCAAUUUCAAAAAAUAUGCCUGAAAGUGUAGCUGAAAAUGUUGGGGGCAAAAUAUAUACCUUUGGAAGUUAUCGUUUAGGAGUACACAAUAAAGGUGCUGACAUUGAUGCAUUAUGUGUAGUACCAAGACAUAUUUAUCGCACAGAUUUUUUCAAUUCUUUUUAUGAAUUACUAAAACAACAACCUGAAGUCUCUGAUUUAAGAUCAGUGGAAGAGGCAUUUGUACCUGUGAUUAAAAUGAAUUUCGACGGCAUUGAAAUCGACAUGCUGUUUGCCAGACUGUUACUUAAAGAAAUACCAGACACAAUGGACUUGAGGGACGACUCGCUUCUGAAAAAUUUGGAUGAAAAAUGUGUCAGGAGCUUGAACGGAUGCCGAGUGACUGACGAAAUCCUUAGUUUGGUACCAAACAUUGAUAACUUUAGGCUGGCCCUAAGAGCUAUCAAGUUAUGGGCUAAAAAACAUGGUAUAUACAGUAAUGCACUAGGAUAUUUGGGUGGUGUGUCAUGGGCAAUGUUAGUUGCCAGGACUUGUCAACUGUAUCCUAAUGCGGCGCCUGCAACUUUAGUACAUAAGUUUUUCCUGAUAUUUUCUAAGUGGAAGUGGCCCCAACCUGUUCUACUUAAACAACCAGUCAUGUGCAACCUGGGAUUUGCCGUUUGGGAUCCACGGGUGAACGCCCAAGACCGGUACCAUUUGAUGCCAAUCAUUACGCCCGCCUAUCCACAACAGAAUUCGACGUUCAACGUUUCGCUUUCCACCCGCACCAUCAUCAUGGAACAACUGCAGAACGGACUACAGCUUACCGAAGAGAUAUUCGCCGGCAAGCAGACGUGGGACAAGCUGUUCGAACCCCCGCAGUUCUUCCAGAAGUACCGACAUUUCAUUGUGUUGCUGGUCAGCGCUGAAACGCCGGAAGACCACUUGGAGUGGUGCGGUUUGGUGGAGAGUAAAGUGCGUCUACUUGUCGGAACAUUGGAACGUAACCAAUACAUUACCCUUGCCCACAUAAAUCCUGAAUGUUUUGACCAACUUGAAUCACAAAAGGAGCCUGGUGUUAUAACCUCAAUGUGGUUCAUUGGUUUAGAAUUUGCCAAAGUAGAAAAUUUGAAUAUUAAUCUCACUAAUGAUAUACAGCUCUUCACUAAAAUGGUCAACAAGCACGCCCUAGGUAUCAGUAUGUACAAGGAAACUAUGAAAUUGGAGGCCAGACAUGUGAAGCGCAAGCAACUUAUACAGUAUUUGCCGCCGUCGCUCAUCAAACGCGAACGUAAGGUUAGCACGACCUCGGCGAACGGCCCGUCCACGUCCCAGUCGUCGAACGGCGCCGGCCAGACGCCGUCGAACGGCGUCUCCGACAGCAGAAAGAGACCCUCGUCCGACAUGACUUCCCUGGACACCGAGGUACCCAACAAAAAAACACGACUAUCGGACGAAAUCGGAUCCACAUCGGUAACUUUUGACGACAGCUCGAACCAGUCGGCGACGGUGACCUGCAACAACGAAGACUCGUCCAGCAACCACAGCGUGGCGGACGAGGCGCUGAACAAUAACGGUUCGGCGACAGUUAUAGCGCCGCCCGCGGGCGGCGCGGCCGCCUCAGCCGAGGAAAUCGCGUGCACAUGAGCAGAACGAUGCGCGGACGUUGUUUUCCGCGCCCCACGUCGAUUCUAAUAAGUAGCUAAAUAAGAAAAAACUUUGGUUUUAGGUCGAAGAUGGAUCAGCACAGGUGACUGUCAAUCACGUAUGUAUAAAACAAAUAAAAGUCCAAGAAAAGCAAACCUUGGGUCGUAAAAUAUUAUCGCAAAGGUGCAAUUUUUAGAACGUUUGUAUGUGUGAUGCGUGAACGUGAAUUUUCAUAUUGUACAUAAAAGCAAAAAUAAUUGUUAGUUUUUUAUUUAAAAUAUUUAUUUUUUAAUUGUAUAUUUAUCUGAAAUUUUGUCAUUAAACUUCUUAAUUUCC